AUUACUGCCAAUGGACCUCUGGUAACUAAACGUAAUUUUGCUGUUGCAGGUUACUAUGCCAAUGGACCUCUUGUAACGUUCGUUGCCAUUUGUCGACCUCCAGAGAGUCAUGAUAUGCCAAACAUCAUUAACAUUGUAAAUUCAAACUUAGCGCUGAGGUGGGAACGUAUCUUUCAUCUGCGUAGAAUAAUCAAUUUAAGCAUAAUCAUCGAGCUGGUUCAGGAAGUGAUUGGAUUUCAUGAAACGGCCGAGUUCAUUCCUAUUGUUAGAGAGGGUCGUCAGAUUAUUGAGGUGUGUGGAAAAAAUAUUAAAAAGACCUACAUUAGCCCUGAUGCCCAUGAUCGUGUUGAAAUGCUUGUUAAUAUUUAUGGAAAACUGAUGCAGAAAGGAGUACCGAAUGUUGAUCGUCUUGAUCAUGCUGACAAAGAAAAAGAUGUAGUGUAUCUUUCCCCAAAAGGAAUGAGCUUAAAUCCAAAAAAUCAGCAGGAAUUGCUUGAUUCAAUUACCUGUGUUCUUGAGAUGCUUGUGGUUUUGCAUGAUAAUGAACCUAUAUACCAUCAGGACAUCCGGUGGCCUAAUAUUAUUCAACUCCCUAAUGCUCUUGAUGUACCAUCAAAAUGGAUAAUUAUUGAUUGGAAAGACUCUGAUGGAUACCCAAAUAAUCUAGCAGACCACCUUACACAAGAUGAACAUGCUCCAGAAGUAUUUCAACAAAACCACGGUGGAGAAGUUGACAUCUGGAGUGUAGGCAAACUGAUUAUGGAUGCAAAUAGAUGGAUCAUCGGUCUUUCACAAAGAAUCACUCAAUUUGGAAGGGAUUUGCAAAGUGAUGAUAGACCAUCUGCUAAGAAAGCUUUGAAACGAUUUAAAAAGAUAAAAAGGAAAAUUUCUUAA